AUGAUUUGCGGGUUUGAUAGUAAAAGUUUAUGCGAUUUUGAAUUUCGGACCGUUCUGUACAUUCCACCAGCACGACUUUUCACUGUUGAAAGAUGUCAACGAUUUAUUGACACUUUCACGCGAUAUCUUCAACUGAUAAUCAAAGAUUUCAAAAUAUUAAUAACUGAAUUCACAAGAGAAGCAAAAGAUUCACAAGAUUUUGUUGCUGAAUCCUUCAAUGGACGCAAAAUUAAUUUUCCGUACACAUUGCCACUGCCAAUGCACCUUUUCACUAUUUUCCCAUCUGUUCUUUGCGCUGUUUUCGUGGUCCAAGCUUGUCCAUCAUCACGGAAUUCAGCGGUAGGACCCCCGGGACGAAAUGGACGAGAUGGAAUUCCGGGUGACCCGGGAGCUCAAGGUCCAGAUGGUCCACCGGGAGAAAGAGGACCUCCAGGAAUCCCAGGAGUGCAAGGUGAGAAAGGCGACAGGGGAGAGUCAGGACCGCAAGGACCUAAAGGCUUGCCAGGAGAGCCAGGAGAUGAGGGGGCCAUGGGCGGGAGAAGAUGA